CUCCUUCUCUCUCUUCCUCUCCGUCCUUCCUUCCUCCCUUCCUCCUGUGUCUUCUUCUUCCACUCUUCUGCAACUUCCAGUUUUCACAGGGCCACUGGGGGCUUCUUUCUUGCCGAAAAGAACCAGCUUUGUCUUCCAUUUGUGCAAAGUUUGAAUCUUUGAGACUGGACUGGGAAGCUUUUUUCAUUUCAGUUCUUGGAACGGCCGGGUUGGUUCUUUGAUCCGAGGGAGAAGAGGGUGUUUGUGGGUAUUCGUUGUCUCAUGCGAAAAGGGUUUAAAGAUCUCUGCUUUGGAGACACCCUUCAUGGCUUGUUUGUCGAAUAGCGUUUUCUGCUUUUCUGGGCUGUACGAGGCUGCUGCGGGCAGCCCGAGAAACGGAGGGGUUGUUCCGGUGUUCUGUUGCUCUGUUGGCUCUUCAAGGGUUUAUGGAUCAAGUCAGAAGGGGCCUCCAUUGUUAGCUGCCGAGUUCAGGGGGAGACAAAUCGCCGUCUCGGAUCGGAAGGAUUGCGGAGAGUGGAGCAUUAAAUCACCUGCAAGUUUCUCUCUUCAUGCUUCUGGCUGCGUUAGCCGAGCUAUGAGGUGGUGGGAGAAGAGCAUUAAACCCAACAUGGUGGAGAUCAAUUCGGCGCAGGAGCUCGUGAGCGCCUUGCUCCGUGCCGGUGAUGCUUUGGUGGUGGUGGAUUUCUACUCUCCCGGUUGCGGCGGCUGCAGAGCUCUCCAUCCCAAGGUCUCUCAGCUAGCGGAGUUAUACCCCGAUGCAAUUUUCCUCAAAGUGAACUACGAAGAACUCAGAACGAUGUGUGAGUGUCUCCACAUCCGUGUCCUACCGUUCUUCCAGUUCUAUCGGGGCGCCGAUGGACGUGUAUGCAGCUUCAGCUGUACAAAUGCAACUAUCAAGAAGUUUAAAGAUGCACUUGCGAAGCACGGGAGUGAGAGGUGCAGCAACGGCCCAGCAAAGGGCUUGGACGAAUCCGAGCUGCUGAGAUUGGCAUCCUGCAGGGAAAUAACAACGGAUUUACUCUUGCCCGGCAAGGAAAACAGAUUGGAGGAUCUUGUGGUUUCGACCAUAGGCAAUAUCUCUGGUGCAAUCUCAGGGAUGGCCACCAACCAAGGAAGAGUUUCCUCCUCUCUUAAAUGUCUGAAUCUCUUUUAAUCCGUUAGUCCAUUGAAUAGCAGCAGGCUGAAGCUCAACAAAAGAGAGCUUCACUUCUUUUUUUUUUUUGGUUAUAAUCAAUGGCUUUGAUCAUGUAUAUACCCAUUAAUCAUGUCUUCCAUAAGCAGGCUCACUGUUUUUUACUAUUGAGCUCUGCCAAUUGGGUUUGCCAUAUAUUAUUUGUAUUGAUUGGAUUUCUGGUAUAAUCAGUUGAAAUGGUAUGGCA